GUUGGCGGGGACGAACGUACUGACGCCGGCUGUGUUAUUGUGUGCAUCUGUUGGGGAUCGAUACCCGUAAACUUGAGUGCAUUUGUGUUCCAUACGAUGUUUAAAUCGAUGUAUUGAAAUAGUAGAGUAAGCUAAAGCUCCUGAAGUGAGCGGUUUUCCCAUAGGAUUUCAACAAUUCCCAACAUCGAGUCUAUAUUUGGUGCUUUAACAAUGGGAGCCCCGGCGUGGGGAUCCCGCGGCGGCGGCGACCGGCCUCGGUUGUUGCGGAUGACGCCGCUGAGACACAGUUUCGCGGCGCCCGCCACUCCACCCGCGCCACCGCCUCGAGCGCACGACUAUGCUUCUGAUGCUGAUACCAAUAAAAAAGAAGAAAGCUGGAACGCGAACUUGUCUCAAAGAUGGAGAAAGUUACGACGUCGAUGUUCUCGGUUGCGACCUGGAUCUGGUAACGGCAAUCGUGAGCCAAGCCCGGUGCGAUGUUCGCCGUCGCCUCCGAGGCCAACUUCACAGUGUUCGCCUGCGCCACCUUCCAAGCUCUCUUUCAGACACAGAGGCAAAGUGUAUACCACUGCUUCUUUAAGAGUAACAAGCGGGGCACCAGAUUUACUCCGGGCACUUGGGAAACUAGGCGGUGGACUGCGAAGACGAGCUUUAUCGGCUCAUGAUGUUCUCGCACCGCCGCAGCAACAACCUUCAACAUUCUACGUCCCUAGUCCAAGUACUGUGAGGACGCCUCCAUCACCAUCGCCGCCCCGACAAAGUGCAACAAUUCGAAGACGGUGUAGUUCUCCUAACGUGUACAGAGCGAAAGAAGUACCUCGAGAUCGCACGCCGCUAAUAAAUCAAGAUGAUGAAAGUCGAGAUGUAGUUGAUUAUAGUUACGGAAUAGAACGUAAGAAAAAUGGUAAAGAGAUCCGAUGUAGGCCUUACAGUGAAAACGUCGAAAUGGAAACCAUGUACAGAAACGGUUACAACCGACUAUCUUCAGAAGCUGCAGAAAGAUUGUGGGAAGAGCCUUACAGGUUGCCUCGUGUACAAGUUCGACAAGAACCUAUUCAACAGCUGCGCAAUUGUGUCGCUGAGCUAAGAGUGAGCUCGACUCCCCGAUCAGCCCGACCUCCACCAGCUCCUCCGACGUCCACACAAAAAACUAAUAAACGACCACCCGCACCUGAACCCCGUGACAGUCACACGUUUGAGGUCCGAUUUACAAAGUCAGCGGGCGGCAAAGGGCUCGGAUUCAGCAUAGUGGGCGGAAAGGACUCACCGCGGGGAGACAUGGGCAUUUUUGUCAAAACUAUCUUUAACAAUGGUCAAGCUGCCGAAUCUGGUUUGCUUCGUGAAGGAGACGAGAUAAUGUCAGUGAAUGGUCGAGGCACAGCCGGAUUGACCCACAGUGAAGCCAUCAGGCUUUUCAAGGACGUGCGUGCUGGCCCCGUGCUACUGCGGGUGGCUAGGCGGGCCCCGGCACGCUGACUGCCCUGCGCCUGCUGCGGAGAACCGCUCCAGGCGCAAAACAUUCCUAACUACUCCACUCUGUAAAUAUACGUCUACGAUGUCUUCUCGUAUUCCAUAGAUCCCUAUAGAUAUAUAAAUAUAUAUAGAAUAGACCCUGUAAAUAUACGGCGACGAUGUCUUCUUGUAUAACAUAAAUACAUAUAAGUACAUAAAUACACAAUCCACUCUGUCGUAUAUUUGACUACGAUGUCUUCUUCACAUAUUUACAUAUAUAUAUCGAAUAUAUACCUUUUACGGCGAAAGAGUAUUUACAAUAUUAAGAUAAUAAUAGAACCUCUUUUAAAAUGCCACCAAGGCAUUGAUAAUUUUAUUAUACUUUAUCUAAAUCAUUUGAGAAUGGUAAUAGCCCAGGUGUUUAUUGCUUCGGUUUCCCUUAGGAAGGACCGAGUUCGCUCGACCUGCACGCAUUUCUGAGUUAGAGUUUAGUUUAGGUAAUCAUAAAAUCACUUCGUGAAAAACAAAACCUCGUGAAAACAUCGUGUGGCAAUCUGCAUGCCAAGACUUCUCCGUAACGUUCUCAAAAGCGUGUGCAGGCUAAUAAUAACUUAGGCAGCAUGGUAAACUACGGCCUUACAAAUUUCACAUUAUGAAAGGAGACAGAUCAGUGAACUUUAGUGGGCCGGUAAUGAUGUUGAUUAUUUAAUUAUUUUUUUGAACUCAACACCACUCGUUGGAUACGCUGUGUAUCUUUUUCCUUCCAAUAAUUCGAUUUGGCAUGACGUGCUUAUAGCAUAUGAAAAGCAGAACGCUAAGACAACGAAGAAGCCCAAUAUACCUCAAUUGAAUUUUUCAAUAAUAUAUACCCUGUGGUUUGCGUUUCACGGGCUCUGGCGCGUGAAAGGGACGCCUUGAAUUAUCGAAGCGAGACAUUAACAAUCAAUCAAGCAAUCGAGAACGGUGUAUGUGAUAGAAACAUUAAAACCUUCAGGGUUGCAGUCAUUUGAUGAAUAGAAGUAUUCGAAUGAACAGAUUUUUUUCGGAUUCUUUAUGCAAAUCACAAAACAACACAUUUGGGUAAAAAGUCUUGUAAUAAUGCAUUGAUGAGCGAGUGGUGUGAAAACAAUAAUACGAUGAGUAAAACUACUACUACUUAAUACUAAACUGGUAUUUACUAACCUAUACCGCAUUAAAUAUUCACAGAUGAAGAAAUUGAAAUUUGUAUUUGGGUAUAUAAUUCAUAAUAAUAUAGAAAUUUGUAUUUGAAUAUAGCUUAUCCAAAUACAAAUUUCUAUAUAAUUUAGGCCAACCUAACAGUUCACGUAAUAAAUAGAAUAGUUAAAGAAUGUAUUUUUGUAAAUAGUUAUAACUUUAUUAUAAGAAACAAACUUACCUGUGAAAAAGAUACAUCGAAUAAUAGUGAUGAACCCAAUCUACAAACACUUCUAAAAACAAUAAUACCAAGAUACAAUAAUAUUUUGCAUUUUGAUUCAUUUGAUAAGAGACUUUA